CAGCCGUUAGCCACGUACUUGUCGUGCUUGAGAGUUUUUUAUUUGAGCAAGUCCGUUGUGUCCGUGAAUACCAACAUAAGCAUACGUUCACCCAUGGAGAAUUUGCAGACAUGUUGUUUGCGUACAGCUACUGUAACGGCAGCGCCCAUGUGGCUGUGGCAGAAUACCAGAGGCGUUUCCCUGAUCGACGAGCUCCCUGUCAUGGAGUAUUUCCAAGGGUUCUUCAAACGUUACGUGAAUCUGGAUCACUAUCCAGUAGACAUGUAACAUCAGGAGGUGAAGCCUCUCUUGCAGUGGAGUUGCCAGAAGAAGGCACCACAGCCAGCAGCACACAGGGGGAAGCAGUUCCCUCCACAUCACUGCAUCAGACAGCCAUCACAGAAUACAUUCCCAAAAAGAUGGGACUGAUUCAAAAGAAGAAGGUGGAUAGCAAAUUAAUGGGUCUGUUCACAAAAGACUAUCAACCUUUCUCUAUUGUAAAUGACUCAGGAUUCCGUAAUUUUGUACAUGCACUGAAUCCCGCUUAUGAAAUACCGAGUAGAAGGACUACAACAAAUGUAAUGUUGACAGCAGCAUAUGCAGAAGCAAAUGAGAAAGUACAACAAAAGCUGCAAGGCAUAAAGACAAUCUGUCUAACAACAGAUUGCUGGACAUCAGCUUCUAAUGAAAGUUACAUGGCUGUGACUGGACAUUUCAUAAAUUAACAAUUCAGAUUACAGUCUGUACUGCUGGAAUGCAGUCAUUUCAGUGGUGCCCAUACCAGCUCAAAUUUGUCCACAGCUUUGAUUAAAAUUAGACAAAUUUAGUCUUG